AUGGGCCCACUCACAUGUGGGGUACGAUGGCCGAUAAUUGGACCUCCCCGGCAAAUUCGAUGUGCGAAUAUGCUUGCAUUGCGAUACAGUUCACGUUUCAUUCGGUCAACACGUGGUGCAGUGCACUUAACGCGGCGUAACUUAUUAACUGAGCGCUUUUCGCUGAACGAGGAAUGGGCAUUGCGGCAUCAAACACUGGAUAUGUUAGCUCUUGGCGGUGAUUAUGAAUGGGUUGCAGCAGUGCAGAAAAAAUUCCUGGGCGGAGGCACAGCCAGUGCAGUCGACGUUGAUGCAGCGGUAUGUGCCGCAGAAGAAAAGGAUCAGCUUGAGGACUUAAUCGAUCUGGUAUAUCGAUUGAGGCACACAUCAAACACGGCUGAUACAUUGCAGUCGACUGAGUACGCAUUAGUACGAACUAUACUUAAACAUAACGCUGUAGAUUGGCUUUUCAAAUUAUUGAAUGAUACGAUAAAUUAUGGCGUUUUCCUCAAUGAACAUUCUGCUUGCCUUGCAAUCGAUCAUCUGUUGGAAACAAAAAAUUUUGCAGGUGCAGCAAGGGUAGUAAGUUUUGUUAUGCAGCAAGAGAUGUUCUCGUGUGAAUUGCUUAAUCUCUUAUCAGUAUAUGCAACCCUUCGAUGCCUUGAGUUGCCACCCGAACAAAGAGUCUUUGCUACCAAUAACGAGUCGUCAUCGGACACGUCAGAAGACGAUUCCAAUGAAGAAGAUGUUAAAAUCAUGAGGUUAGCCUAUUUGAAAAACGAAUACUCGGAUGAUCAUUAUGAUAUUGUCGAUACUGAUCGUUUACUUGGCAAAACACUUUUGUGGAUGCUGAAAGAGUGUUCAUCAUUAUCUGAGAAGAGUGUUGUUGAUAGCGUUAAACUCAUCGGUACUUUACUGUACGGUCACUUCGACGAAUUCGCAAAAAUCGCGGAAAGUGGAUCACCUUUAUUACCGUCUGCCAUCGACUUGUGUCGAAAGGAAGUUCAACGGAGACUCACAACAGAAGGCGAAUCCAACCAGAAAUUUAAUGAACAACUUUUGGAGAAACUUGAUGAAUGUACCCUUUUGGACAAUGUCUCAUCAGCGUCACUGUGUAGUUUGCUUGAAGAGCAAAUCAGAAGAGUACAGCCGAGUGAGGAAAAGAAAAUAAUGGACACACAAAAGAAGUUAUUCAAAGAUUGGACUGCUCAACGUGUAGCGCUUAUAAGUGCUCAGGUUUAUUUACCUUUCAAGGCCGAAGCACUGAACUGUCGUUUGAGAAUAAAAGAAAUAAAGAGACAAAAAGCAGAAUUGGAAGCGAAACGAGAAAUGUUGUACUUCUUCGAAAAUCGAAUGAAAUGGGAAGAUCAGGCGAGACGGAAAGAUCAAAUUUUCAAUGAGUUAAAAGAUCAGAGUGCUGGUUCUGAUUCCAGUGAAGAACAAUAUAGUGCCACAUUGUUCGAAAAAAUUGACUCACUAUUCACCGUAUUGUACAAUACGGUGAAUAGUGAGUCAAUUGAUUGCAACUUAUUGUGUCCGAAUACAGAUCCAUAG